AUGGCUACAAACAAAGAAGGUAAACCACUUGAGAUUUUGAAGUUCGCUGAUGAUUCCGGGUCUUAUAAGAGACAAUCAUCGAAAUUCCGUAAUUUCAUUUCCAAUGCCGAAAAUUCCAAAUUUAAACCUGAAUUGAACCGUUAUCACUUGUAUGUGUCCAUGGCAUGUCCAUGGGCCCACAGAACAUUGAUUACUAGAGUUUUGAAAGGAUUGACUCAAAUUAUAUCAGUUUCGGUUGUGCAUUGGCACAUGGAUAAUAAUGGAUGGAGAUUUAUGAAUAAGGAAGAAGCCAGUAAAAGGUCAUCAAAUAGCGAUAUUCUGAACGGCACUGAAGACCACUUGCACGGGUUUGAUAGAAUCAAGCAAUUGUACUUCAAAGCAGAUCCAGAGUAUUCGGGUAGAUUUACCGUCCCGGUUUUAUGGGACAAGAAAUUAGAAACCAUCGUGAACAACGAAUCAAGUGAAAUCUUGAGAAUGCUUAACAGUGAGUUCAAUUCGUUAUUGUCGUCUGAAUAUGCCGAGUUAGAUUUGUAUCCAAAAGACAUGAGAGAGGCUAUCGAUGAAAUCAAUUCGUGGAUUUAUGACAAUAUAAACAAUGGUGUUUAUAAGACCGGUUUCUCUACUAAGCAAGAAGUUUAUGAUAAAGAGGUAGUCAAUGUUUUCAACCAUCUUGACAAAGUUGAACUGAUCUUGGCCAAGAACCACGAAGGUCCUAACAAAAUCGAAUUUUUAUUAGAUAACAAAAUUACAGAGGCCGAUAUUAGAUUAUUUACUACAAUUGUCAGAUUCGAUGCCGUUUAUGUUCAACAUUUCAAAUGUAAUUUAAAGAUGAUCAGAUACGAUUAUCCUAAUAUUCACAAUUGGUUGAGAUUAUUAUAUUGGAAAAUUCCAGGUUUCAACGAAACAACUGACUUCCACCAUAUUAAAUGUCAUUACACCAAGUCUCACGUUGGUAUAAAUCCUAAUGGUAUUACACCUUUAGGUCCUGUACCAGAUGUUUUGCAUUAUUAG